CGGUUUUUGCGAGAAUACUUGACACACCUCUGCUAGCGCAUCCUCUUUCCCCUCAAGCCACUAUAUCUAAUCAUCUCUUCUGGUGGUGAACUGAUUGGUGUACUUUUUUUUUCUCCUGAAUUGAAUUCGACUCUUUCUUGUGUACGCUUUAUACCCAAUUUUCGACCAGCAAAGAUGGACCGCAGUCUAGAUGAGAUCAUUGCGGAACGCCCUCAGAGACAAAAUCGCGGUGGUCGUGGCCGUGGACGUCGCGGCAAUAAUCAUCCUCGCGACGGCGUGAAAAAGUCCUAUAGAGAAGAGCGUGUUGAUUUGGAUCGUGAUUGGGUCCACGACAAGUUUGAAGAUGACAGAGACACUCGUCCGGCCCGCGGACCUCGACCCCGUCGUGGUGAUCGCUACUCCCCCGAACCUGACCAUGCCCCUACAGGUGCUAAGAUUCGCGUCGAGAACCUUCAUUACGAUCUGACAGAAGAGGACCUGGAGGAUCUGUUUACGCGCAUAGGACCAGUGUCCGAUCUCUCUCUUAGAUACGACCGCGCCGGUCGCUCGGAAGGCGUCGCCUUUGUCACCUACAACCGUCUCAGUGAUGCUAGGACUGCGAUCCGGGAGUUCGACGGCGCAAACGCGAAGGGCCAGCCUAUCCGGCUAACUCUGCUACCUGCUGGAGGAAGCAGACGCAAUCCUUUUGACAAUGUCGAGAGACCGAAGGGAAGUCUGUUCGACCGUGUGGAACGGCCCAGAGACAGAGACGACCGCAGCCUGAGUCCCGAAAGCGAGGGUGCCGAUGGUGGAUCUCGUCGCCGUCGCCGUGGUGGCGGUGGUGGAAGGGUUCGACGUAGUGAUGUCUCCAAGCCUCCCCCAGACCACAUCGACCGGUACGUCCCCGGUCAACGUUCCCCGGAGCGUAGGAACGGCAGCGGACGACGACCAGGCCAGAGGCGGGACGAAAGGAACAACAGCUCGAACCGUCGGACCACUAACGCGCGGCCGCGCAAGACUCAGGAGGAGCUUGACCAGGAAAUGGACGACUACUGGGGAACUGCCAACGCGGGAGCCGGAACGGCCGACAAAGAGACUGUUCCUGACGAGGCGCCUCAAGUCGCGCCUGCUUCUACGGCCGCUGCUGGUGAUGACGAUAUUGACAUGAUCGAGUGAACGGGUGCAUGAUGGAACUCUUAUCUUUAUAUUUCUACUCAGGGCUCCUGGCAAUUUCUUCGUACCAAGCAGAGUUGGCUCUGCGGAAGAGUAUGAUAAAAAUGGAAGAAUACUCUUUUCUUGAUUUUCAUUUCCCCAUAUAAACGGACAGGCUUCUCUCUUUAUUGUCAUUAUCACCAGUAGCUGGAACUAUGUUCCAGAAUGGUUGCUUGCAACAUCCCACCGGGCAAAUUGCAAACCCCUCUCCUCUUUUGAUGCUGCGAUUUAUUAUCACUAGAAUGUUAUGUCCAUCUAUUUGUUCCAGUCGGCUGGGGUUAUUUAACUGUACUUUACUAUGACCGAUAGAGAAUGCAAGAAAUAUAAUUCUGCU